GAGUCGGUGCCUGCAGCCGCAGACCCCUCAGUCGUCGUCGGUGGAAUAAAAACAGGAGCGACUCACGGUGUAAAAAAACAAAAAGGGCGACGUUUCUUUUUCAGCCGCCGGAGAGAGAAGUGGCGUGGAUGUAUGUAACUUUUCCGCCAUUGUUGGGGUGAAGAAGGACGGCUGAAAACAGGAGCUCACCCGCAGCUGGAGGAGUUUUGUGUCAGGACUUUAAAGAGAAACAGGCGACCGUCUCACCGCUAACGGAGGUUUGGCCUUCCAGAUCUUCCCUCCCGCUCACCUUCCUCCCUGCCUGAUCCUUUUUUUUGCCUCAUUGGCUGCUGUUCCCCAGAGGGCGGAGCUAAGUAUGGGUUAAGAGAGCCGAGAGACGACACCAAGACGACACAAGCUGAGGAGGCGCUCUAACCUGCACAGGUGGUGACGGGUGCAGGACGCUGUCAUGGCGCUGCUGCGGAGAAGGCUAAAGCUUGUUGUGACGGUGACGAUGGUCAACCUCUUCAUCUUCAUCAUCAUCUCCCGACACAGCAGCCAAGACAAAAACGACCAUCACAAGGUCCACGUCCCCUCCAAACCCUUCUGGACCAAACUGGUUCCCAACUCUGCUUACUGGAACCGCCAGCAGCAGAUUAUGGACCUUCAGAACAAUCCCGUCCUGAUGGCCAACAACAGCACCGCAGACAUUCCUGACUGGAUCAACGACACCAGUUUGACCUCUGACCCCUGCCAUCCUAACCUCAGGGUAACUACUCAGUUGAAGGACUACAAUUCCCUACCGGACCGCUUUAAGGACUUCCUGGCUUACAUGCACUGCCGCUCGUAUCCGAUCAUGGUGGACCAGCCUCACAUCUGUAAGGCGCCGCCGUUCCUGCUUCUGGCUGUCAAGUCCCUGGCGCCGCACUUUGACCGUCGCCAGGCCAUCCGCCAGUCCUGGGGACAGGCGGGUGUCAUAGCUAAUCAGACAGUGGUUACCAUCUUCCUCCUUGGCAACGCCACAGCUGGGGAUCACCACCCGGAUCUGUCCGAGAUGCUGCACUACGAGAGCGCCCGCCAUAAAGACAUCAUCCAGUGGGAUUACAGAGACUCAUUCUUUAACUUAACCGUCAAGGAAGUUCUGUUCCUGGAGUGGAUCCAGACCCGCUGCUCCGGUGCUCGCUUCAUCUUCAAAGGCGACGACGACGUCUUUGUCAACACGUACCGCAUCCUGGACUUCCUCAAGGGCCUCUCGGAGCCCAAAGCCAAGGACCUGUUUGUGGGUGACGUGAUCACAAACGCGGGGCCGCACCGAGACAAAAAGGUCAAGUACUUUAUCCCGGAGAGCAUGUACGUUGGGACGUACCCUCCGUACGCAGGAGGAGGCGGGUACCUUUACUCUGGUGACAUCGCUGCUCGUCUGCACAACGCGUCCCAACAUGUAGCGCUCUACCCGAUAGACGACGUCUACACGGGGAUGUGUCUUAGGAAACUAGGACUGGCCCCCGAGAAGCACAAAGGCUUCAGGACCUUUAACAUCGAGGAGAAGUACAGGUCGAACCCCUGCGCCUACAAGAGCUUAAUGCUCGUUCACCCGAGGACCCCGCAGGAGAUGAUCCAGAUCUGGGCCUGGCUCAGCAGCCCUAACCUGACCUGCCAGUGACGCGUCCGCAGCGGGCAGUGAGGGACUAAAACAACCCCGGAGACAAGGACAAGUUCAUUUUUUUCCCCAAAGGGUCAAAGAGACAAAUAUUUUAUUUUGGGUCACGACUUGAGAGUUGGCAGCUUUAAGUUAAGAUAUUAUUAUAACGGUCACUUGGAGCAAGUUGACACAUUUUUACCUCCAAAAAUGAGGACGGAUGUGUUGUUUUCAAAGUGGCCACCAUAGUAUUUUGACUUGACGGCAGACUUCCGUAGACGAGCUAACCCUGCUUUACUGUCGAACGAGCUUCACCCAAAGUGGCCGUGUCUUUCUCUGCGUGCACAUAUUUAUAUCACAACUAUUUAUAUAAGGCCUUUAUAAUGCUUUAACACUGUGUGUCGGCUCCGUGACGGAGCGUCUCAAUGCUGUAUUAUAGAAAUAAGGGGACUAAGAACUGGGAGAUGUCCACCUGGGACUCGCUGUUGUUUGGUCGAGGGAAAAGACGCUGAUGACGGUGAUGAAAAUCGCUCAUGUUUUCAGCACUCUUGACUGUCUAAAUGUUUCAAACAUAAUUGUAAGAGUGAGGCUGAUACGGACGGUUCACAUGCCACGUUUUUUUGCCCUCAAAUCAGUUGUUUUCCAUGAAGACGUGCGGAAGACGUGCUUAAAAUCGAGAACAACGCCGUUAAAGCGCACAAACAUUCCCAAGCGUCUGUUUUUGUGGAGCAGUGGGUGCACACUGAGAUAAACAAAGUUCAGCUUUAGGAAUGCAGCUGAGACAUACGAUGCUUUUCUUUGUACGUAAUAUUCAUUCAUUGCGCAAAAUGGGAAAAAUACUUCAAAGACAAAGGGUCAAUGUUUUGUUCAUGUUCACUCUGCCAAUGAAUUUUGAAGCCAAAAUCAGAAGAUAUUAUCGUGCAUCCCUAGUACAGGCUAUAAUGUUACUUUUUUUAUAACAAUUUUUGGUGAUCUGAUCCAUAGCAGUCAUUUCUGAUGGAUUUUAAACCGCAGACACUGAGGUUAACCACAUUACACGGGGUGCAGGUGCAGCUGCAGCUCCGUUCAAAUGUGAAGUGGUGCAGCAAUACUAAGUUUAAAGCAGUCAUCAGAUCAUGCAGCGCUCACAAAAUGUUAACGGAGCGGUAGUUGAUUUCAGCGUGUGCUCAUUACACAGAGCAGCAGUGGGCGUGCAGGAAUUGAGAAAAUCAUUAUCAUUGCAGUUUCCCAAAUGCUCUGUUUUACACGUCCAAACAGAUACCCAUAGUUUUGAAAAAUCUGCACCUUUAGAAGGCAUUUUAAAAAAAUCUGUGUUUUAGUGGCCGAAACUUUGUUUGCACAUGGACAAGAGGCCAAAACAUAAAGGGGAAAUAUAUGUUUUCAAAAAUAUCUGUUUACAAGUAGACAGGGCCUUAGCGCAGGGCUAGACAGAGAAUACUCUAAAAACACACCUGCAGGGAGGAUUAGCUCUUGCUUUCUGUUAAGCAGGCUUUGAUACGGUGCUGGUAACGGUAGUUAAGCCACGUCAGGCACAACCUGUCUCCGCCUGUGAAAGUUGGCACAGAGUAGACAGAAGAGUAGCACCCAAAUUCACGUUUUCUGGGCAUUAAAAGACGCAGCAUGUGACCCGGUCCUAAUUCUUCACCUCUUGGUCACCACCAGUCGUUCCCACACGCAGCAGUUUUUUUGCUGCUGAAGCUUUAAAAGGACUUCCGAGUGAACACUUCCCAGUAGCUGUUGCUGGAGGCUUAGUUUGUGCUGCUAUUCCCAUCCACACUCCCGAAAGUAUUCAUGUGACUCGCUCCAACUCAAACUAAACCUCACCAGAACUUGUUUCGUUCAGUUUGUGUUCAUUUACAAAGCAUCUUGAAAAGUCUGUUUUACCGUAAAUUCAUCGAAUCCAGAUGUGUCACUUUUUGUUUUAUUAAUGAUUUUUUGUUUUCCAUAAUUCUUUUGAACCGGUGGGUAAAUCAUGUUACAACAAAACCUCCUGUGGUCCUCAGAGCUUCAGACUGUUAGAGUGAAUCCACAUUUUGCUUUCAGUUAACAGGAAUGUGCGAGUGGAGCUCCGUGCAGCUCAGCAGGUCUGGGCUUGGUUUGGAGACGGGUGGAGAAAUCAAAAAUGCUGUCAAAUUCUGCUUCAGGUUCUCACUUUACACGAAAACACAAACUGCUCACAUGAAGUGCAUUUCCAGAGGUUUGUGUCACUUCGAGCUGCCGGCGUAGAGCUUCUCGCUUUAACUCGCCUCAUGAGUGUCUGCGGCUGAACGCUGUUAAACGCUGCUUCACUGGGAUGUCAGCGAAUGCUUUUGAACAGGUGGGACUUCAUGUCUGAGCUUUUUAAGCUUUUUUUUACUUGAUAAAUUGUCUCUGCAAUGUUCGCUGAUCGUUUAUCCAUUUAUAGUGGAAAUGACUUCUUAUUGUCUUUUUUUUACUUUGUUUCCACGACUGUUUGUUGGUGAAGGUUUGAAACGGCGGAUAACUCAGUUUGGAUUGAAAGUCUUUAUUGUUUCUGCUCACUACUGUAUUGCUUUUCUUGCUUUAUGAGAGAAGUGCUGCACAUAUUUACUUUGCAUCUAUUUUAUCUAAUGUUUUCUGAAUGUGAGACACAGAUUUAAAGUUUUCAGAUGCAGUUUUUGUCUCUUUGUGUCUCUCAGACUCUGUUGGAAAAGGUCAGACGUGUGUGAGAUGAAUGUAUCUUUACCCAGGUUCAGGAGUCAAUCGACUUGGACUCGUUUCAGUUUAAGAAAUCGAUUUUUUUCAGUAUUCAUGCUCUGAGAGUCUCUGGAUCCACUCCAUAAAUUCAACACUGACUCUAAGCGUCAGUCCGACCAUGAACCUGGUUGUUACACUUUGAUCUGAGAGAAGAAGAGCAUGUUUGCACGCCUCGGUUUGAGCUCCCCCUGCUGGUCAGGACGGUGAUCUUCUCUCAUUAAAGGGAUAGUGCACAUUUUUUAAGGUUAUUGAAAGUUUGUUACAUACAGUAGAUGUCAGCAACAAAAUGUACUUUAGUCACCUAAAAAAAUCAAUAUUAGCGUGUGUUUUUUAGCAUUUUAGUGCAUGCUAUAUUGAGAAGAUCUUCACUGCUUUACCGUUAUGUCAGAAAGUGAUUUCCAACUGGUAAAUUAUUAUAUCGCACUCUUUAAAGCUAAACUGCAUUGUGAAAAAAGGUGACUUAACAUCUCUAUAAAUAGGAGCUAAAAUUAGUGUUUUUAAUAACGUAAUUAGUAUAGCACCUUUAAAAACUGUUUGACAAACAAAGCAAAGCAAAAGCAAGAAGGUUUCUUGCAGUGGCAACAUGAUUAUAAAAGCCGAACAAUAAUACUAAGGCCAGUCAAAAGUGAAAGUAGAAUUUGAAAAAAAAAGAAAGGAGGAAAAAGUAUAUUAGAAGGAAGACAGAUAAUAAUGAGAAACAGAUAGAAACAAUUUAAAAACAAAAAUAAAAACUCACCAAUAAGAGGAAAUACGAUACAAAGAAUAUAAGCAUUAGACAAAGAAUAUUAAUAAUAAAACAAUUAAGCAUGCUAAGACAGAAGAAUAAUUUCAAAGAUAAAUUAAAAUAGAUUUAUUAAAAUAUAUAGAAAACUCUGCAAGUUGUAAAUCGGUAAAAAAUACUCUCAAUAUUUUGUUCAAUUAAACAGAAAUUAAUAUUUUUUUUAGUUUGCCAAAAUAUAUUUUGUCUGACUAUCCCACAGCAGUAUAAAGCAAAACCUCUGUGUCGGAUCGACAUCUACUGUCUGUAAUUGGCUGACUUACAUUGACCAUGGGUAAAAACCUCCUUCAGCACCACCUCAAAAAAUACAAACUAUCCCUUUAAAACAAUUUAAGAUCCCAAAUUUGUAGUCCGAAACCUAAGACAUAUAUUUUUAGCGUUUGAACCAUUUGUUUAUUAUCUCACUUUUGACUUUUUGGACGCUCCAAAUCAUCACUUAAAACAACUCGUCUCUCCGUUUUACCUUUUUUGUCGCUGUAAUGUGACUUUUCGUGGUGACUUUUAGGUGUCAGAUAGUUGGUGUUUGUCACACAAGAAAACAUAAAAAGUUAAGACAAUCUCAAAGAUUCUUAAAAGUUAAAUUUAUCAUUUUUUUGUGGGAUUCCCAACUUACUGGACACUGUUUUAUUUACAUUUACCUGCUAAAAUCCAUCCAUGUUGCAUAAAACAAACACUAAAAAGGAAACAGGAGCCAAGAGCAGAGUGGGGGUUAUUUCACCCGUCUGAAAUAUUGAAGAGGACGCAUCAUCUUGUUCUUUGAGUCACAUGUCUCAUUUUUCCAAAGCUCACAUACCAAUAAUAAUAGGCCACAUUCUGUCCUUGCUGCACACAGUUUGUGGCUACAUGAAAUGUUUACAUGCUUUAAAAAGUCAUCAGUCAGUUGUUUUUUGAAUUGUUACUUAGAGGUAUUGUCUGGUUGUCCACACUGAUGAGCAACUUUGUCUUUAUGUCUCACUGUUUGUGUCCCCUUGUGUUGUUUGUUCGAUUAUAAAGCCUUUUUCUGUCACUGCGCUUUAUUUUGUAAUUUUGCUCGACAGUUUUGUUUUGAAAUUAUCUUUUCCCUUUUUUUUGGACGCACAACUUGUGUUUGGACAGUCAGUGUUUCUCUGGUCGAAGUAGCCAGCAUGUGUCAUUUUCUGAGCUUCUGUAGAUGUUGUUUUUAAGGCAGAACAGUGAGACAGUGAGUGUGUAAAAUCGUCACAUUACCAUCAAUACGCGGUGAAAUGCAACCGAAGCUCCAGCUGCAGGAUUGUGACCUGCAGAGGAAUGUAUUAGUCGACACGACAGGUAAAAUAAAUCCAGCAAAUUCUAACACGAUUCAGGUGGAGUUACGUGAUAAAUGCCUGAUUGUUUUGGCAUUUAAUCAAUCGGGAUUUGGAUCAUUACCCGGAGAGAAAAUGUUGGAUGUUGUCCGUACUUUUACAAGCCAUUAACUCAUAUUUACGAGUACUGUCAGAAACCUGUCGUUACUGUGUUAAAAAACACCCGCACUAGUCAGAGAUGAUCACCAAAUCUGUGCCUGAUGUUUGUAAGUACUGUACCUGUAAGAUUAUCCUUCAACCACGUGAUCGCUUUUUUUUUAAUAUCUUGAACUUGACUUUAUUAUUUCAAUAAAGAUAUAUUUUGCUGUUUUUGUA